GGUUGCUUUGUUGGCACUGAUGAGCAUUUUGGUGAAGAAAGUUGUGAGUUGUCUAAAAGCACUGAUAAGGUUUCUAGGCUGCCCUUCCAACUAAUACAGGAUGCAGUGAAUAGACUUGAUGAGGAAGACAACCCAAUGAGAGAACCAAUAAUAUUGGCGCUAGACUGUGAUGUACAGAUGCUUCCAUGGGAGAGCAUACCAACAUUGAGAAACCAGGAGGUAUACCGCAUGCCUUCUGUUGGCAGCAUCUCUGUAAUGCUUGACAGAAUCUGUCUUUAUCAAGAACAAGUUGAUAAGAAGGUUGCUGCUUUUCGUUUGAUAGAUCCCAUGGAUGCCUUUUUUCUGUUAAAUCCCAGUCGUGAUUUCAGCAAUACACAAGGUGAAUUUGAGAAAUGGUUUAAGGAUCAAAACUUUGAGGGAAGGGCUGGGUCAGUCCCCACAACUGAAGAGCUGGCUAGAGCCUUAAAAAGCCAUGAUCUGUUUUUAUAUUUUGACCAUGGAUGUGGAUCACAAUACAUUCCUCGACAUGAGAUUCAGAAACUGGACAAUUGUGCUGCUGCUCUUCUCAUGGGUUGCAGCAGUGGUACCUUGUCACUGAAUGGAUGCUAUAUUCCACAUGGAACUCCACUGUCAUAUCUAUUGGCUGGUUCACCUGUUGUCGUUGCCAACUUGUGGGAAGUGACAGACAAAGACAUUGACCGAUUUGCAAAGGCCCUGCUUGAUGCCUGGUUGAGAGCAAGAUCAGAUAUUGCAAAUCCAUCCCGAUGCAAUGUACUUCUGAAAGAAUUUGAGGGAAUGCACAAAAGGGGCCAUAAGCGGAAUUCCCGGAGGGUUCCAUUGAAGGAAUUACCAGAAACUCCUAAUGAUUCAAGUAAGAAUACUUUUGAUCACAGACCCAAGAUAGGAUCCUUCAUGGGUCAAGGUCGUAAAGCUUGUACACUCCCUUUCUUGAUUGGGGCUUCUCCAGUGUGUUAUGGUGUCCCAACUGGUAUAUGGAGAAAGAAAGACUUUGGUGAUCUCAGCAGUACGCAAGUUGAAUUUGAGAAAUGGUUUAAGGAUCAAAACUUUGAGGGAAGGGCUGGGUCGGUCCCCACAACUGAAGAACUGGCUACAGCCUUAAAAAGCCAUGAUCUCUUUUUAUAUUUUGGCCAUGGAAGUGGAUCACAAUACAUUCCUCGACAUGAGAUUCAGAAACUGGACAAUUGUGCUGCUACUCUUCUCAUGGGUUGCAGCAGUGGUACAUUGUCACUGAAUGGAUGCUAUAUUCCACAAGGUACUCCACUGUCAUAUCUAUUGGCUGGUUCACCUGUUAUUGUGGCCAACUUGUGGGAAGUGACAGACAAAGACAUUGACCGAUUUGCAAAGGCCAUGCUUGAUGCCUGGUUGAGAGCAAGAUCAGAUAUUGCAAAUCCAUCCCAAUGCAAUGUACUUCUGAAAGAAUUUGAGGGAAUGCACAUAAGUGGCCGUAAGGGGAAUUCCAAGAAGAGGGUUCCAUUGAAGGAAUUACCAGAAACUCAUAAUGAUUCAAGUAAGAAUACUUUUGAUCACAGACCAAAGAUAGGAUCCUUCAUGGGUCAAGCUCGUGAAGCUUGUACACUCCCUUUCUUGAUUGGGGCUUCUCCAGUGUGUUAUGGUGUCCCAACUGGUAUAUGGAGAAAGAAAGACUUGUAGCAUCAACUGGAAACGGUCUAUCCUCAAAGGUUACGUGUAUAUGUUGCAAAUGAGAAUUUAACAAGAAUGUGAUUUUUUGGUAUUGGGAGAGGGGAUUUGAAUUUUAAACAAGUAGUCUAACACUUUAGGUUGGUGAACAUCAACUGUGUGUAACUCAGAGUGCAACAAGAAUGUAUUUUUUUUUCUUUAUUAAACAGCAAAUAUACUGCAUGAUACUGCUUCUUCAAUUUUUGUAAAUAAAAUUAAACAAAAAGC